CGGCGGUGGCACCAUGAGGGCCGUGCUCUGGGACCUGCUGCUGCUGCUGUGGCUCUGCGCCCGCGCGCGCGGCGACUGCCGGGGGGACUGCGCGCACUGCGAGCGCCAGCUCUACCGCGACCGCUUCGACGUCCUCAUCUGCAUCCUGGAGUGCGAAGGCCAAGCCGUGCCCCGCGCCACCUGGGAGCUGUGCGCCGCCGCCGCCGCCCGAGCGGCACCGCGGCCCCGCCGCCUCUCCGGCCGGCCCUGGCCCUCGGGCGGAUCGCCUCGCCGCCAGGAGGACGAGGAGGAGGAGGAGGAGGAGCAGGAGGACAUUUCCCGGCGGCCGGGAGCGGGCCGGGCGGCCAAAGGGGUGCAGAAGAGGUACGGGGGCUUCAUCGGGGUGCGCAAGUCGGCGCGGAAGUGGAACAACCAGAAGAGGUUUAGCGAGUUCCUGAAGCAGUACCUGGGCAUGGCGCCGCGCUCCAGUGAGUACGGCCGCGGCGGCGGCGCCGGCGACACCAACGAGAUCUAA